GGCAUCUCUGCACUAUGGUUCAUGCUAGCAUAAACGCCUGAUAAAUGACAGCAAUAUGUUGUUGGCAUUUUCUUCAAGGGAUGGGGAAGGUGACAGAAGUGCUACCUCAGAGCCUUUUCCUAUAUGUUACUGGAAAGAGGGAAAUUUAGCCUUGCAACAACUGAAGAUGGAAAGUUGGUCAGUUGAGCAAGUCUGCAACUGGUUGAAACAGAGAAAUUUAGGAGAACUAGUUCCUAAGUUCCGUGGUAAGCAUUUUUAUUGUUUGGGGGAGUGGUGCUGUUUGUUUAGUAUAUCUUGCAAUGCAUUUUACUGGCACUGCCUGUCUUGUUUUGGUUUGGGGCAUGUGUGUAUAUGCUAACCUCAGACUUUUAUAGAAAUUUAUUAAGGUGAGAACUGACAUAGAUCUGAUAAAUCAACAUAAGUGUACAGAUUUGUUACAGAGUCUGAGAAACCCUGUGGGAUGAGAUUAAGCCUGUAUAUAAAUAGACACACCUCAAAUCAGAGCUGGCAUUUUAAAAGUCCUGACAGGGCCUAUUUUAUGUUGUAGAAAUCUUUUGAAAUGAUGCAAAUGUAGUGUGUAAUUGUUUUAUGUCUGAGUAUAUAAGUGCUCUACAGAAUAGUGCAAAAGAAACUGAAAUGUGAACAGCCUAUUUCUUGUGUACUCUGUUGAAAAGCUUUAUUUUCUUCAUCAGCAAGUAACAGUCUCCUGUGAUUCAAGCAAGGCCUGAUUUAAAACAUUAAAAUUGUCCCCUCUGCUUCUGUGUGUUUCAGACUUGGCUCUAUGUCAGGGGAAGAUAUCUGGCCAGUGAUUAGGACUCCGGGCACUGCUUGGGAAAGGAUGGUGGCAGCUGAAGAUGACUGUCAGCUGUACAAAGCAUCCUUCCCUUUGACUCAUCUUCCAUCAUCAUGUUUUUAGGCAUAUAGAAUGUAACUGUAACUAUAAAGCUAUUUUACAGUAAUGAUUUUAUCCCCUUCAAUCUGCAGAAGAAGAAAUAAGUGGAGCAGCUCUUCUGGCUCUUAAUGAUCGUAUGGUGCAGCAGCUGGUGAAGAAGAUUGGGCACCAGGCAGUGCUGAUGGACCUGAUUAAAAAAUACCAGCAACAGAAGAGUGGGCUGGAAUCCCUUAUGUACUGCUAUGAAACAGCUUCUCAAAAAUUUCCAGAAGUAAUCAAUGGGGCUACUGACAGACAGAUGUUAAUUUCUUCUGGUCCUGUGGAGCAGAAGCAUCUGUGUUCAGCUGAAAACGAAAAAGGACUAAUUGAUCAUAGAGUGCUAAAGCAAAAAAAAAACCUGAAAUCAUUUUUUGCGAGACACAAGAUGUUGCAGUGGGCAAGUUCUUAUGUUUUGCCAGACUUCCCUUAUGAUGUCAAGUGUAUAUUAGCAGAAAAAAAAUGCCCGGAUCACAGUAUGAGAAUAAGAAUUAUUGAAUUUUUACAAGCAGACAUGACAAAAUACCUGGAAGGAUCACUGUAUCCGAACAGUCAGCAAUAUAACAUUGUUGUCAAUGCUCUGCUCCAGGCAUACCCAUUCCUUGAUGAAGAUGGGAAUGGCUUUUUGCUGUGGAAACGGGCCCUUAAAGAUCGUUUCAAAUACGUGCGGAGACCCAUUGAAGAUGAUGAGCAAGUCCUGAGGAACAAAUGCAAGUUUGGGCACAGGAGGGGACAGAGCAGAAAAUCUUCUUUUGCUGAAAAUACUCUUGAUGAUGUCCGAGGGCGGGUAGAGGAAGAAACUCUUCAUCUUAAAGGCAGUGCAAUGGAUUUACAUAUUAAGUGGCUUAAUCGAGAAUAUAUGAAAACUCAGAGGAACUGGGAAGAAGUGGAUAACAGAAUGAAUGCGACUAUAGAAAUACGAAGAAAGAUGAUCAGCAAUAAGGCACCUUUAAAAGAUGUUCUAAGAACAUUUCCUUUCUUAAGAUGCCCUUAUCAGCUUUUUAGGGAGUUCCAGCUUCUCACACACAUGGACAUUUAUAAGAAAACAGUCGAGAUUUUGGAGAUUCAUUCAGAAAAUAUAUUGUCCUUGUAUGUGGUGAGGAAUAAUCCAAUUAACACUAUGCUGCAAGAAAAUCUGAAGCAGCACACAGAGGAAGAUGUUCUGAAAUAUAUGAAAAUGACUGCUGCAUGUUUACUCCUGCCCGAGGUCUUUGGAGAUGAUUCCAGUCUGUUUGCUGCAGUGAACGAGGAGGUAAAGGCGGUGACACCAGUGUUGGAAGUGAAAAAUCCCUUCAACAUGAAUUCCUGCGAGUUUUCCCUGUACAUAGAAAGGGAAGAGUUAGCCCAGCUCGAUGACUGCUCCAUGGCUCUGGCGGCGCUGGUGGCUGCAUUCCAUGUGUUUGAUAUCCCAUGUCCAAAGAGAAUCCACAGGACACUGAAAUUUCUGGAGUCCCUGGUCUUUGAGGUGAGGAGCCCAGCAUCCCUGCCCACCCCAGGAAAGACAGGGCUGCAGGCACCCAAGCAUCCAGUAUCUGAUGGUGCACCCAGCACUCCUCUCAGGAGCAUUUGAUAUUUUGUCAGAAUAAAUUCCUUUGUGCCAUUCUUUCUAGUUGAAGUGUAUGUAUAUUUAAAAGCUGUUUAGUAAUGCCCACCUUUUUUUUAUCGUACUGGCUACUUCUAAGAAAAAAUUAAAACUCAAGCAAUUUCAUUAUUUUAAAUGUAGAUUUUAGAGCAGUCUAGAGAUAAUAAAAUUUUCUAGAUUACUUCAUGUGUUAUGUAUUAUUUUUCUAUAAGGAGCAUUUGAAAAAUUCAGAUAUUUUGAUUGUAAGUAUUAAAAAAAUUUAUGACCCAACAUGAGCAUUUCACUGCUUUAGAUGGUAAUACAGUAAUGUUUUGAAAUGGCACAAAUUAAAAAUUUACUUAUUACCAUUACUUCAUAAUGUUAUGAUUGCUGAGAGCCUAAUAUAAUAAUUUUAGUGGUUUAAAACAGUGAGCCUGAUUUUCAAUUUACAGGAUGAUGACUUUUUACUGUUUUCUUCUUGCAUGAAACAUUUUGUUUUAACAUUAAUCCUGAAUUUAUUAAAUAGGCAUUCUAAGACAAGCUCUCAAAGCAGCAAGAAUGACUUAUCUGGGAUGCUGCCAUGUGCAUUGGUAACCACAGCUUUGGUGCUGCAGAGGGAAGGCCUGAUUUUCUUUCCAAAUUUGUUCCCUGGAACAAAUCAGCUUUCUCCACAUGGUGACUCUGUCUGCCCACACAGAGUAGAGCCCUCUCCUCUCUUCUUCCACAGCCUUCUCUCUUUCCCAACACUCUAAUCUUAACUCCUGUCUGAAAAUCCCAGGGGAUACUGUCUGGUAGGGCAUGGCUUUGGGCAAGUGCCUGGUGAUAGGAAAAGCAGCCAGGAUUAAUUAGAAGUAAAAACUGGCUUUUUAUUUAAACACUGCUUUCUAUUCGUGACCAGUCUCCCACCAGUUCCAAAAAUGUCAGUGUAGGCAAAGCAGCACCUGUGGUCACGAUGAUUCUUUAAACACUCAAACACACAGCCUGGAAGAUCACAGAAGCUUUCUUAAAUUUUGGCUCUGCAGGGCUAACUCCAAGGCAGUGAUUACAGUGGGAGAUCCUUCAGAAGAGAGGAGUUGGCUGCAUUUGAUGGCCAAACUCUCCUGCUAUAGGCUUCACAUGGUUCCCAUGGAAUGCAGGGAACAUUUACCAGUGUGAAGGCUGGGCCACCACUGAUACAAACCAAAACACAAUGCCAGAGAUUCAGUAGGUCUGAUGAGUGGUUUUAGUUUCCAAGUAAAUUUGUUGACUGUAGUUUUUGUAAGAUAGGUGGCUGCACUCAGCUACUUCAUCAUAAGGGAUACAAAAGUAAGGAUUAUGUAUGCCCUCAUUAUUGUAUGUGAUAGCUGUGUGAAUAAAAAAUUGGGCUCAAGUGAGGUUUAUUCUACAUCUUGUAAACAGUACUAAUUUAAAUCAAUUUCUUAAACCACAGUACUUUGUAAGUAGUUGUUUAUAAAAAUUCAGGGAGGUGCUAACAUCCCCAAGUAAUCUCUGUUGAGCUGCAAAUCUCUUUGUUGGUUACCACUGCAGGCUGUAGACCUGGCACACAGGACAGACACAGAGGGUAGAGGAAAAUAAACUACACAAAAAUAGAGAAUGAAAGAAAACAGAAGAAUUUAACUUUUUACAGACCUGCCUGUGCAACUUCAGGUGCUGGUGGUGACAAAGUCCAGGGCUAUAAAUGGCAUUCUGAUUGUAACGGCCAGGGGGAUGUGAGCUUUGGG